GUUCUUCUUUUUAGAUAAUUUCCCCUAAAUUUUGUUUUAUAGGCUCCACUUCUCUGUUUUUUUCCCAUCUAAUUAUUUUUUUGCCCGAAUCCGAUCCAGAUCGGAUUCAAAAACAUGGUGGCAACGAGACGGUUACGCGACCUCCAAUCGCAGGCUGGUAAUAGAACUUGCGUCGAUUGCAACCAAAAGAAUCCCCAAUGGGCUUCGGUUUCCUACGGUGUUUUCAUGUGCUUAGAAUGCUCCGGUAAACACCGUGGCUUAGGCGUCCACAUCUCAUUCGUCCGAUCGGUCACCAUGGAUUCGUGGUCCGACAUCCAGAUCAAGAAGAUGGAAUCCGGCGGUAACGACAAGAUCAACGCCUUUUUGGCUCGGUACGGGAUCCCUAAAGAAACCGAUAUCGUUACCAAAUAUAUCACCAAUGCCGCCAGUAUUUAUCGUGAUCGUAUCCAGGACCUUGCCGAGGGCCGCCCGUGGAAGGAUCCAUCGUUUGUGAAAGAGACUCUCAACGGAGGUUGUGGUAGUAGAAAACCGCCGUUGAGCGGUGGUGCGAGCAGGGGCAGUAAUCAUAAUGAUAGUAAUAAUAAUGAAGGGUGGGAUAAUUGGGAUAAUGACGAUUCUUUUAGAUCUUCGAAUGAUAUGAGGAGGAAUCAAUCGGCGAAUGAUUUUAGAGACGGGAAUAAGAAUGGUGGUGAAGCAGCAGGUGCUCCAAUGAGGUCGAUGUCCACAGAGGAUAUAUACACUAGAUCGGAGAUGGAGGCUUCAGCGGCGAACAAGGAGAGGUUCUUUGCGAGGAAGAUGGCGGAGAAUGAAUCCAGGCCAGAAGGUCUACCACCUUCACAAGGAGGGAAAUACAUUGGGUUUGGUUCCACUCCUACGCCUACCCAGAGGAAUAAUGAUCCUCAGGGUGAUGUGCUCUCUGUUGUUUCUCAGGGGAUUGGGAUGUUAUCAUUAGUUGCAGCAUCGGCUGCCCAAUCUGCUGCAAGUGUUGUUCAAGCAGGAACGAAGGAGUUAAGCACCAAGGUUAAGGAGGGUGGCUAUGAUGCCAAGGUUAACAAAACCGUCAGCGUAGUCACCGCAAAGACAUCGGAGAUUGGCCAGAGAACAUGGGGGAUCAUGAGAGGUGUCAUGUUAUUAGCUACACAUAAGGUUGAGGAGUAUGCGAAAGACGGCAUGAACUGGAACAACGAUAACUUGCAGCAAAACGAACCCGAGAAAAAUGGAUAUCAUCAGGACUGUAACCAGGGGAAAAAAGGACGUAAUUCUACUUCUAGAGGACAAUCCUCCUCUGUUGGGAAUCAUAAUUCUUGGGAUGACUGGGACAAUAUGAAGGAAGGUACUGCAAAGGAGACUAAUAGCAACGAUGGUUGGGCUGGCUGGGAUGAUGGAUUUGAUAAUUUCCAUAAUGGUGAAUCUGAUAAAGGAGUUGUUGGUCACAACCGAAAAUCGGGUGCCACCGGAUCGGGUGUACGCUUUCGUUAAGGUUAAUUUCUUAUUUAUUCCUCUGAAUUACCAACACUGAAUUAGAUC